GCGGCCGAGCGCGGCUGCCGCGGCCUGGCGGAGCGCCUGCGGCGGGCGCUCCCCGCCGCCGAGGCGCUGGCCCUGCUGCGGGUGCGGGCCCCGGCGGCCGCCGCCCGCCUGCGGGCGGCAGUCGGCAGCGCCUACCAGGAACGCCUCCACUCCUGGGUCCUGCGCCCCCCCCGCGCGGGGCCGAAAGCGGCUCGGUGUGCGAGUUGGACACGCGCUCCGUGCACGUCUUGCCGAGGGGCCUGGCGUCCGAACUCGACGCCGCCAUCCUGGCCGCUGAGUGUCUCCAGGACGCGCACCGCUCCGCCGCGGCAGCGCUCGGGGAGGCGCUCCGCAGGGGUGGCGUCGGCGCCGUGCCCGCCUGCCCAGUGGGACACGCGAUGCGCGGGAGCGCGGGAGGCACGGGAAAGGCGGAUCUCGAAGAGGCCGGCUGCAGCCAGUGCGGCGCCACGAGCAGCUCCGCGGGGCCGAGAUGGAGCUGCAGCAGGUGCAACGUUGCGUACACUCUGUGUGCGCGCUGCGCUCGGGAAUCCACCGCUGAGGGCGACCCUACCGCUGCUCUCUGGAGCAUGCCGCUGCUGGAUGGCUUUCCCCGGAGCGUCGCCCUCGCGCGGCAUGCGUUGGAGCACCUCUGGGCGACCUUUGGCACGACAGGAUCGCAGGCGAGGCCUUCCACCUCCGACCACCACGUGAGCGAAGAGAUGGUCGAGCGGAUCGCCGCCGACGAGGCGGCGAUGACCGCAGAGGAGGAGGCGGCGGCCGCCGAGGCGGCGAGGCGGGAGGCCGAGGAGGCCGCGAGGCUGGAGGCCGAGGAGGCCGCGAGGCUGCAGGCCGAGCUGGAUGCGGCCCGGGAGCGGGCGUGCCUCUGCGUCCGGAGCCACCUCGGCACGCACGCCUCGGUCACGAGGGUCUGCCUGAGCAACCUCGGUGCCGGGACCGACGCCGAGGGCCUCCGCGGCUUCUGCGAGGGGGUCGGCAGGGUCUCCCUGGCCUGGAUCGUUGGCGAUCCGGACACCGGUGCGUCCACCGGCGUGGGCGUGGUGGACCCCCCCCGGCCCUCGCCGCGGACCUGCCGUGGGCCGCGCUGCGGGAGCUCGCCGGCCGCCAACUCGACGGCCGGGACGUGUCGGUAA